GAUCCAGAGUUUUGACAGUCAGGUUGAUCAUGUAACCCGCUGGGAUCAUCUUGCUGCUGCUGUCGGGAUGAGGCCAUGUGUACACUGCACUGUGAGUGUUGCUGGCGGUGAAAGAUAGCACGGGGGCCAACCUCACGCUUUUGAGUGCCAGUGGACGGGCGAAAUUGCGAACUAGGAAAAGCUGUCCAUGACGAGAGUGAUGGCUCGAGCCGUUUCCCAGCGUCCGUUCCCGAGGGGUCGGCGGGUGCUGAUCCUGGCCUCCGUGUGCGUCCUCGGGCUGGUGUCCUGCGGGCUCUACUACCUGCAGUGCCACGGGAGGGGCUGCGGUCCCGUAUCGUGGGACGACGUGACUGGAUACGAUACUAGAACCGUCCUGCCACUCCUUUCCAAAGACGUCGUAGUGAGGUCCGUGUACUUCGACGACCGGCCUCGUAGCGGACACGUCAACGCCUCGGUGUUCAUGGUUGAGGCAAGAAGAGAGAUUGUGGACCAAGGUCUCAUCGUGGGCUGUCAGGUAGGAAGAGGUGUUGCGGAGUUUUUUCAGGUUAGACGGUUGGCUCUGAUUGAAGUGUACGUCCACUGGAAGCACGACUACGUGAAUCACGACCUGGUAAUGGUGGACUGUUUCGACCUGCCGCGGGCUAGGAACGGCUCGAGGGCGUUCAUCUUUGUGAAGAAGGCAAAUCGAGGUGGCCACAAGGGUCAUAAAGUGUACAGUGUGGAAUCAGAGCGUCCCUUGUUCUUCCCUGCCCCUAGGAUUUCACGCGGAAACGACAUAAAACUGCUGGUGUGUGUUGCGACUGCGAGGUACACCAGCUAUAACCGCCGACUCACUGUAUACAGCAUGAUCUACCACUGGCUCAAAUACCAAAGAACAAUUGGGGUGGACCACGUGCAUUUCAUCGCACACCCGUCCUUCGUUGAGAGGGGCACCCUUCAAAACGACGUCGUCAGACAAGACAUCCAGGACGGGUUCCUAAGCGUUGAAUUCUGGGAGCCUUGGCUGAAUUCAACGGACAACUACCACGGGCACUCCCAGAUGCUAGCCUACGAGGACUGUGUAUACAAACACCGGGGGACCUACGACUACAUCAUGAUGUGUGACACGGACGAUUUCUUCAUGCCGAGGGUCCCCGGCCAGCCACGGUUCCAGUACUACAUCCGGAACUGGUGUCAUUACGGAGCGUGUCGAUUCCACUGGAUCGAGCGCUACCCUGAUUGCGGUCUAGACAGCGACAACGUGAGCCCGGACGGAAACAUAACAAAGAUGUUAAGAUCCGCGACUCAGCAACGUCUCUCCGACAAUAAGAGUCUGUACAAGUCCUCGGUGGUGUUGGAUGUUGGGAUACACAUGCCCAUGGAGAGUAUAUCUGGAUACUCUGUCAUACAUGUUCCUAGCAACGUGGCCUAUUUUGCACACGUGAGGCAUGAUCACAAUCCUGGAAUAGGUGGAGCUACAUGCUAGUAUAAUAAUCUCAGGCUCCAUAUCAUCCUAUUUUAUAGUCCUGUUUUCAUUCACCCAAUAAAAUACUAGCAGGUGCAGAUAUUACAUUGUUGUGGCCUUCCGUUUCCAAAUAAUGUUCAUUUUUCUGGCUUCAUAUUGCUCUCAGCAUUUUAGUGAUGCAGUGAUCACACACUGGCAAGGUUGUUACAGUCAGUAUCAUAUUGCAUUCCUGUCAUCCUAUCCAGUCAUGUAUGUUGUUUAUAUAUUUUUUCCCAAUUGUAAUUAUGUAGUGCAGCAUUGAUGAAGAAGCUAUAGCAUGGCAGAUGCUACAUUAACACUUAACCAGCCACGGACACAUAAAUGUGUCGAGCCUUCAGAAGAAGGUUGGAUUUAAACCAGGGACACAGUGCUGUGCUCUACCAAUUGAGGUCAUCUAUUGUGGAGGGUCUAGAGCUGCAUGUCCAUGAGUCCUCUGAUGUAGUAUAUAGAUGUAACAAAGCUAGCUAGAGACUCUCAUGUCACCCAGCCCCUACACUUUCAACAUCGUUAUAUAUGCACAUGUGGACAAUUAUCAUCUCACA